AUGAGCCCCUCUCUCUCCUCUCUUCCCUUGUGUUACGAGCGCACGCUUGCUCAGCCAGAGUCCUUCUUCUUCUGCUUCUUCUUCUUCUCUCUUGCUUCUUUUUCCUGUUCAUGGAGCUUCAGAGACGCCAAGAUCAGGGCUUCUCUGAGAGGAAAGGACAGAAGCGGAAGCUGGAGGAGGAAUUGGAAGGAGUCUGAGAUCUCGGCUCCACCGCCUACCGGCGACGUCCGUGAGGCGUUGCUCGCCGAGGUGAAGGCUCAGGUUGACGUCCUUGACUACGCUUUCUCAUGGAAGGAAUCCGAUCGAGCCGCGGCUAAGCGCGCCACUCACGUCCUCGCUGAGCUUGCCAAGAAUGAAGAAGUGGUGAACGUGAUUGUUGAAGGAGGCGCCAUUCCGGCUUUGGUUAAGCAUCUCCAAGCGCCUCCUUCAAGUGAAAACGAUCCUGGUCAGAAGCCAUUUGAGCACGAGGUUGAGAAAGGGAGUGCUUUUGCUCUGGGACUUCUUGCCGUCAAGCCAGAACAUCAACAGCUCAUUGUUGACAACGGUGCCUUAAAACAUCUUGUUGAUCUGUUGAAGAGGCAUCAUAAUACCUCUGCUUCUCGUGCUGUGAACAGUGUCAUUCGUAGGGCUGCAGAUGCGAUCACUAAUCUUGCGCAUGAAAACAGUAACAUCAAAACGUGUGUCAGGAUGGAAGGUGGGAUUCCACCGCUCGUUGAGUUGCUUGAAUUCCCUGAUACAAAGGUCAAAGAGCAGCUGCGGGCGCACUGCAUUGUCGAAUGCAAUGCUCUUCCAACUCUGAUUCUAAUGCUUCGUUCUGAAGAUCCUGCUAUUCAUUACGAAGCGGUUGGUGUGAUUGGAAAUCUGGUGCACUCUUCUCCUAAUAUAAAGAAAGAAGUUAUUCUAGCUGGAGCUUUGCAACCUGUAAUUGGAUUGCUUCGGGGGAGGGAGGAAGGGGCUUUAUCGGGGGAACAGAACAGACCUUUACACUCUUAUCUUUGUUGCCUGGAAGAUAAAGAGGGUAGAAAAUUCUAUGAAAGAGGUGCUGUUCCACCUCUGAUAGAGAUGCUUCAAUCCCAGGAUUUACAACUCAGAGAAAUGUCUGCCUUUGCAUUGGGGCGACUGGCACAGCAUAAUGCAGCUUUUGCACUUUAUGGCCUUGCAGAUAAUGAGGAUAAUGUGUCCGAUUUUAUUAGGGUAGGUGGAAUUCAGAGACUGCAGGAUGGAGAGUUUAUUGUUCAAGCGACAAAAGAUUGUGUUGCAAAGACAUUGAAAAGAUUAGAGGAAAAGAUUCAUGGCCGCGUAAGCAGAAGUCCUGAGUCAUUUGUUAUAUCUUAUGCGAGUUUCAGAAAAGGCUGUCCAAAGACGAGUUGCAUGGCUCUUGCUCAUCUUUGUUCUGUGGAUGAUCAGAGAUUAAUAUUCAUUGAUAACAAUGGUUUGGAGUUGCUGAUUUGGGGCUUCUUGGCUCUUCUAGCCCAAGCAGCAACUAUGAUGUGCUGUAGCUUUAUGCAGGUUGGCCAAGAAGCCAUGACUCUAUCUCCCAUGGAUGAUGCUCCCCUCUCUCCAACACCUCAG